AUGAUAUAUAUAUUCGUAUACUUCUCUGCCUUCGCUGUAGAUCCCCAACCCUUCAGAACCAAACUCAACAUCCAACUCAAGCCUAUUUGAGUCUAAAACCCCUGUUCCAUUAUGUCUGCUCCCGAUAACCACCGUCUUGAUGGAAAAGUAGCCCUGGUGACGGGUGCGGGCCGCGGUAUUGGUGCUGCUAUCGCCGUUGCUCUUGGGCAACGCGGCGCCAAAGUCGUUGUCAACUACGCUCACUCGCGCGAAGCCGCCGAGCAGGUUGUCGAGGAGAUCAAGGCCAAUGGCAGUGAUGCGAUCGCUCUGAAGGCCGACGUUGGAGACCCUGAGGCGGUAGCAAAGCUCAUGGACCAGGCCGUCGAACAUUUCGGUUACUUGGACAUUGUCUCCUCGAAUGCCGGAAUUGUCUCUUUCGGUCAUCUGAAGGACGUGACUCCCGAUGAAUUCGACCGCGUAUUCCGAGUCAAUACCCGCGGCCAGUUCUUUGUUGCCCGGGAAGCGUAUCGCCAUCUCCGAGAAGGUGGACGCAUAAUCCUCACCAGCUCGAACACGGCGUGUGUGAAGGGUGUCCCUAAGCAUUCGAUCUACUCCGGCUCGAAGGGAGCUAUUGACACCUUUGUCCGUUGCCUGGCGAUCGACUGUGGCGACAAGAAAAUCACGGUUAACGCCGUGGCCCCUGGGGCCAUCAAGACGGACAUGUUCCUAGCUGUAUCGCGGGAGUACAUUCCCAACGGAGAGACCUUUACCGAUGCGCAAGUGGACGAGUGCGCUGCCUGGUUGUCUCCCCUGAACCGAGUUGGGCUUCCAGUCGAUGUGGCCCGAGUGGUGAGCUUUUUGGCGUCCGAUGCGGCCGAAUGGGUGAGCGGCAAGAUCAUCGGUGUGGAUGGAGGCGCUUUCCGAUAG